AUGGAGAGAAUCAAAAUAUUCUUCAAGUCCCGCUCCAGUAGGAUCAAGCGGAGGUUCAGCAGCACGACGACAUCAGCACCGAUAUGCAUGUCCAUAACCACAUCCACAACCCCAGCAGUAACAACCAUAUCCAGAGACAAGCCGUCGAGUUCAAACUCCACUUCUGCCUCCACGUCUAUCACAUCCACGUCCGUCACUACCACGUUCGAGACCGACAACAACACAAUCCAUCCAGAAUCCCAACCUCCCUCACCACUACCACAAGAAGAACCACAAGAACUCCUCCAAGAAGACCCCCCACAAGAACACCAAUACGAUCACCAAGACCCCUACCAACCCCUCACACACCACCCUAACUCCUCAAACUCUUCCAUCUCAUCCAACCUCUCCACCUCAUCCACCCUCUCCAACCUCUCCACAACGUCCACACUCCUCAAUCCCUCGCCACCUGCAAAACCUACACAUGCACUUCCCUCUCCCAAUCGACUUCCCCAUACACUUGACCAACACCGCCAAGCCCAAAGCGUAACAACAUACGAGUCCUUCAUCCAGCAAGCACAGGCACAAGCGCAGCAAGCGGAACAGACACGACUGCAAAGAGAAGAUCUGAUUGCGAGGGCGAGGGCGUGGAUGAAAGUUGCGGAGGCGAGAAGGAUCAGGAGAAGUAGGAGUAGUGCAGCGUGGCCGGCUGAUCCGUGGAGAGGGGGGUUUGGACCUUCGGCUGGGGAGAGAUGCGGAUAUGGGUACGGGAUUGGUGUUGGGGGGAUGGCGCCGAGGAGGGGCGAGGUGUCUGGGGUGGGGGUGAGGGCUUGGUUGGGGCAGAAUGGGUUGGUGAGGUGA